AAACUAGCUGAAAACCAUCUCUACAGAAAUUGUGUACAAAAAAGCAUGUACAGAAAAAGUGCAAAAACAAAUAAAUAGGAAUCGGGGAUAUAAAUUUAUUGAAUAAACUUGAACAAUGAGGUUGUAACAAAUUCAAAUUGUCAAUGUCUGAACUUUUUCAUAUCAUAUUUGGAGCAUUUUGAAUUUUUAUGAUGAAAUAUGUUUUAAGGACACGUCACGGCUGAGAUAGUUUAGCAUUAUUACAAUACACAGUCGGUAUUGAAAUUGUGUUUCCAAUACAUGUGCUCAUUAGAUAAAUUCUCAAUAUCUAUGUGAAAAUAAGGGAUGUGUUUUGUAUGAUUGCAACACUGUGAGUUGCUCUAAUUACUGACAAAUGACUGAAACAAUAGGAAUUCGUAUGAGAGAUGGAUAGACAAAACGACAGUGAGAUAACAUACUGGUGUAUGAAAACUCCAGAAGAAAAGACGAGAGAAGAUGGUGGAUAUUUCAUGUAUUUUCACAUCAAGAUGUAUCUGCACACACACAAGUAACUGUCCUGGAGAAACAGUUCUAUAUUCUCCUGUUUCAUGAAAUAUUAUGUGAUUUCUACAGUAUGUGUUACCUCAUAAAAGUCGGUUGUUUGAUGUGUUUCAGGUUACUUAGCAACUUUAUGCAGGAAUUUCUGUCUCGAUUUUCAAAUUUUAUCGGUUUUGUAAUAGUUUUAGGUAUUUUAGUUGUGACUGCUUAUUAUUUACUCAUUCAAAGUUCACUUUCAAGAAAUAAAAGAAAUAGUGGGAUAGAUAACAAGCAAACACAAUUUAAACAGGAGCUUGUAAUAGAUAAAAGAAGUAACAGUAACCAAGCAAGUGUAGUGAAUUGUCAAGGAAACAGGAAAUACUGGAAAUGGUUGACUGGUUUAGUGUUUGCAGCAUUCCUGUUGACUAUACCUUGGGAGUUUAUAAGACUAUACCAGUCUGCUGUAGCAGAGAAGAUUGCACACAUGGCGGCAGGGACCCCAGCAGAGUGCAUACCUGAGCAAAUGUCUGUGACUCAGAGUGUGAAAUCCUGGUUACGAUGGCAGUUUUCCUGGGGCCCUGACCCCUGUCAACAAUACCAAAAGGCUUUACUGGUUGACCCAUUGUGGCAUGUAACUCCAUCGAAGGUAAUAUCAUCAGCAUUCACUCACUGUAUAGUGUAUCCUGUGGAAAUUCUGCUAGGAGGUCUCGGGCGAGCUCUAAGACUGUUCUUCUCGGAGAUACCUCCACUCUGGCAGCCGGUUAUGCUAGUUAUUAUUGUGAUAUUUUGUUUAUUAACUCUGGUCAUGUGGUUUGAGUACCGUAUCCAUCUUCCCCUCUUGUUCAAGUUUGAGCCAAGGACACCUGUUUAUUUGAGAAAUGAAGAGAGAAAGACAAUUAAGUUGAAGAAUGAAAGAAAGAAUUCAAAAGCUAUUGAGUCAAAUCAAGGGAAAGUAGUCAGGAAAGUACUGUGAAAUCAUUUAAAUUCGCUGGCAUGAAAUUUCGCGCAAACGUGAAAAAGGACUGUUUCGCGCAGACUUUAAUUCGCGCAUUUUCAAUUUAUAAAUGAAAAAAUAAAAUUAAAAUGUUAUAUUAGCGCGGUCUUAAAUUCGCGCAUUGGUUCUAGCGCGAAAUAUGCGAAAAUUCGUCCUACGCGAAUAAAAAUGAUUUCACAGUAUGUUAUUAAAGGGCCAUUCCUUCCAGUGAACAUUACAGUGUCAACAGUCUAUAAAAUACCAAAACCUACCUCUCAGUAUUUAGUUAUGUUGAUAAUAUUUUUGGAAUUUGAUAUAAAGUACAAAGAAAAAUUCCAGUGAACAAUACAGUAUCAACAGUCUAUAAAAUACCAAAACCUACCUCUCAGUAUUUAGUUAUGUUGAUAAUAUUUUUGGAAUUUGAUAUAAAGUACAAAGAAAAAUUCAGUAUUCUAGUUAACAUAAGAUAUUAUCUGGGCUGACUAACAUAGUCAAUGACUUUUCAAGCAUACUUGUAUAUUUGUGAAUCAGAUUGUCAAGGACCUAGGAGUCACUACAUCACUUUGACUUCGGAUAUUGUUAGCAAGUUGCAGUUAGUAUCAGAUGAAAUUACUUUCUCAAUUUGGGAGGAAAAAAGACCUCCUCUACUUGAUACUGUAUAAAAAUCGACUGAUUUAACAUUGUGAUGAUUUUAUAAAUGUACAUUUGAUUUUAUAAUAUAAUAUCUUAAAGUUUCUAUUUUUAAAAACAGUAAAAUGAAAUAUUUUUCUGUGUAUUUUUACAUUGAUUAGUUUUAAAUGAUACAGUAUCUGAUUACAUGUAUAAUUUUCUUUAGUUUCCAUUAAUUCCAACCCUUUUAUCGUAUUGAAUAGCGUCUCUGAUAUGACUGUUACAUAUGCCCCUGUGUCCAUUUUGAAGGUAAUGUUACUGUCAUUUAUUUUCAAGGUCAUUUUCCAUGGUUCCAUUUCUAUUGCCUCCAAGAAUGAAUCGCCUUCUUCCAAGGUUCUAUAAGUUUAUAGCGUUCCCAAGAAUGAAUCGCCUUCUUCCAAGGUUCUAUAAGUUUAUAGCGUUCCCAAGAAUGAAUCGCCUUCUUCCAAGGUACUAUGAGUUUAUAGCGUUCCCAAGAAUGAAUCGCCUUCUUCCAAGGUACUAUGAGUUUAUAGCAUUCCCAAGAAUGAAUCGCCUUCUUCCAAGGUACUAUGAGUUCAUAGCGUUCCCAAGAAUGAAUUGCUAUCGUCCGAAGUUCUAUCGCCACAGUCCCGCUCUAUUUUUGUCCGACACAUUUGCAUGAAAUGUCCUGCAUUUGUGACAUUUAGCAUCCCUUGCUGGACACUUUGCUCUUGGAUGCUCUGGUUUGUUGCUGCACCUGUGACAUUUGCAGGUUUCUGACUGCGCGCAAUAUCCACAGUUUGACAGCUUGCUCUGCCUCUGACUACAGUCUGCUGGGACCUUAAUGCCUCCUGCUGUUUUGUUUUUAGCUAUUGCCUUCUCUAAGGUCAACACCGGAUUUAACUGCAGUCUUUCCAGCAGUUAGUGGUUUCUGAUGCUGACCAUUAUUCUAUCUAUCCUGUAUAAGUUGGUCAUGCAAGUCCCAAAAUUCACAGUUUCCUGCUAAUUGAUAUAAUGCCAUCAGAAAUCUGUCUACUGACUCAUUUUCUCAUUGUAUUUGCUAGUUUGCUCUUUCAAAUAUUACAUUUUUCUUUGGAAUGAAUUAUUUUGUUUUAAUUUCCCAGUUACUAUGUCCCACUUUUUAAUCCCCCGCCGAAACUGAAGGUCAAAGGUUUGAGCCUUCCAUUUCAUGUCCGCUCUAUAUCUCCUAAACCCCUUGAAGGAAUUUUAUAAAACUUGGGUCAAAUGAUUACCUCAUCAGAACGAUAUGCAGAAAUUAUGAGUCAGCCAUGCCAGCUCAAGGUCAAGGUCACAACUAAGGGUCAAAGGUUUGAGCCUUCCAUUUGGUGUCCACUGUAUCUCCUUAACCCCUUGAAGGAUUUUCAUCAAACUUGGGUCAAAUGAUCACCUCAUCAAGAACUCAUGAGUCAGCCAUGUCAACUCAAGGUCAAGGUCACAACUGAAGGUCAAAGGUUUCAGCUCUGUAUCUCCUAAACCCCUUGAAGGAUUUUCAUGAAACUUUGGUCAAAUGAUCACCUCAUCAAGACGUUGUGCAGAAUUCAUGAGUCAGCCAUGUCAGUUCAAGGUCAAGGUCACAGCUAAAAUCAAAGGUUUACCCUUUCACUAUCCAUAGCAGUGGCGGGGGAUUUAGCUGUCUUUCAGACUGCCUUGUUACUGUCUGCAACGGAGAGUCCGAAUGAUGCAAGGAUUUCUUCUGCUUCUUGUCCCAUUGGAUAAACCAAAGUAUUUAUUUGCAUUUCCUCAGAUUUUUCUGUAAGGCCUAAUUAAAAAAAAAUGUUUGUUUUCGGUAUCCCAACCUACCCUAAAUAUUUGGCCAAACCCUAAAUGUUUUUUAUGGCCUUGGAGUAAAUUUUUGUUAAAAAGUUGCAAAACUGCACUUUUUAUGCUUUUCACACAUAAUUUACAUUCAUGCAGGCCGCCAUUUUUCAUGUGUCUGCUGAUCUUGAUCAAACAAAAUCCUUCUACCAUACAGUUAAACUUUUAUUUUUGGCAGAAGCAGUUAUGGACGGUCAAAUAAAAGUACUGAAAAUGACUUUUAUUUUGUUUUGUCAAAAAAUAGGGGCAGCACUCCUGUAAACCAGAAAAUAAAAAAUGCUGGCCUAAGUUUCGUCUGACUGAAGGUAAUUAUACCCCCCACAAAAUGAUGUUUGGGGUGGGGAAUAUAUAGGAUUAGCUUGUCAGUUGGUCUGUUGGUUUUCAUGGUUUCCAGAUGAUAACUCAUGAAAGGCUUGACAGAUUUAAAUAAUUUUUGGUACACAGGUGUAACAUCAUAAAAUACAGGUCAAGUUUGACUUUAAGGUCAGUAGGUCUAGCUCACAAUGACCCGGAACAAGUAAAUGGUUUCUGGACGAUAACUUGAGAAUGCUUUGGCCUAGGAUCAUAAAUUCUAGUACAGAGAUAUAACAUCAUAAAAUACAGGUCAAGUUUGACUCUGAAGUUAGUGAGUCGAAGGUCAAUGACACAAUGACCCAGAAUAGUUAAACCAUUUCCAGACAAUAACUUGAGAACGCUUUGGCCUAGGAUCAUGAAAGUUUGAUAGGAAGGUUGGCCAUUUCCAGAAGAUGACCCCUACUGAUUUUGAGAUCAGUAAAUCAAGGUCACAUUGAUCCGAAACAGUUGAACCAUUUCCGGAUGAUAACUUGAGAACGCUUUGGCCUAGGAUCAUGAAAUUUGAUAGGAAGGUUGGCCAGUUCCAGCAGAUAACCCCAACUGAUUUUGAGGUCAGUAGUUCAAAGGUCAAGGUCACAGUGAUUGGGAACAGUUAAACCCUUUCAGGAUGGUAACUUGAGAAGGUUUUGGCCAAGGAUCACGAAACUUGAUAGAGAGGUUGAUCAUGACAGCAGAUGACCCCUAUUGGUUUUGAGUUUCAACUUUGACAUUGGCUUACUUCUGUGACAAGGCCGUAUUGUGGGGGGUGACAGCUCUAGUUAAGCAUCUUAUUCUUUCAGGUUAUUGAGUUUUUUAAAGCGACAACACAGUAAAAUGAAGUCGUAACAUGUGGUGUGCCAAUAAUUGUUUUAAUGCACACUUUCAGUUAUUCGCAUGGGUGAUAAAAGUUUGUCUAGUUCAGUUUUAUUAUGAUUUACAGUAAGGUAUAUGUUAAACUGAUAUAUUGCAACAAAGCACUGAAAAUCAUGAAAUAAAACACUGUCUAACAGUGAGCCAAAAUGCAACAUAUCAUGUUUACAUGUUUAUCAUUAAUUUUUGUUUUGUCAACAUUUUUAAUCAUGAAUGCAAUACUUCUUGUUAAAUCUAUGUGUUAUUUAUUGAUGGCAUUAACUUUGUUUAU